GCCCGAGCACGAGGGUGCAUAUUCGACCCUAUCCAAACUGGUUGGAUGCCAGGUCCCUGCGUCGACAUGGAACUCACAAACGAGUUUAUAGCCUCUCAUGAGUGGAAAUGGUUUAAUGAUGAAGCACUCACGAAGCCCAAUACACAAGAGGCUGUGCUUCGAGGCUAUGGAGGCGCUGAUGCCUAUACAAUAGACGACUACCAUUUCCGUCACUGCGAGUACACCCUAAAACAGCUG